AUGGUAUUAUAUUUCGAGAAUCAGCAUCGGUACAAUUUUGAUUUUGAAACUGCUAGUUUGGCCUUUAUAAAUCGAUAUCCCAAUCCAUAUUCAAAACAUGUUCUAUCGGUGGAUACAUUGGAAUCAUAUGUCGACAAGCAAGGGCAAUUAUGCACUACUCGAAUUAUAGUCAAGACAGGCAAAUUACCUAAAUUUAUUAAACCAUUUCUCGGUGUUGCAAAUUUAAAUUCAUGGAUAAUUGAGAAAUCGAUCAUAAAUCCUAAAACAAAUACGUUAGUUUCAUAUACGAGUAACAUAGACCAUCGAAAGUUCAUUAGGGUAGAGGAAUAUUUGAAAUAUUAUAGUGAGGAGGAAGAUACAAGUGGCACUGGAUUAGGUAAUACAAUCGUUGACUCGAAAGUAAAAUUUUCUUCAAACUUGUUUGGCUUGAAGCUGAGAGUUGAGGAAUGGAGUCAUCGAAGAUUUAUGAAGAAUAUACAAAAUACAAGAGAAGGAUUGAAUUUUGUCAUGAUGAAGGUGAAAGAAAAGGGUAGGAAUUAUUUGACGAAUGCCAAAAGAGGUGCUGAUAUAUAG